AUGUCAAUAUCAAAUCUUGAUAAAUUAAUACCCACUAAAUAUGGUUGGCAUGUUCGUUUUGAUAAACAAUUUGAUCCAAUAUGGAAACCAUUUACACGGCCAAGACUAAGACAAGCAAUUGAAUAUGUACCAUUAUUUAUGAGAUAUCUUCGAAUAUGGUAUAAAUUAAAAAAAGCAAAACGACGAGCACAUAUGGAUUUUCUUAAUCCAGUUCCACUUCAACAAAUUUAUGGUGCACCUAUUGGAGGUUUAGGUGGUGGAACAAUUGGUCGAGGUUUUCGUGGAGAAUUUUGUCGUUAUCAACUUGUACCUGGUCUCUAUGAAUUUAAUACUGUCGAUGCAAAUACUUUUACUGUUUGUAUUCGUCGUCGAAAUAAAACAACUUAUUGUCAAGUAUUAACACCAUAUCGAUUAAGAAAAAAAGGUUUCAAUUCAUGGAAUUGUGCAUUUCCAAAAGAAAAUGGUCAUUAUCAAGCCUUAUAUCCUCAAUCAUGGACAACAUAUGAUUUACCCAAUCAAAAUAUUCGAUUGCUAUGCAAACAACUUUCACCUAUCAUUCCACAUAAUUAUAAAGAUUCAUCUCUACCAGUCGCUUCUUUUCUUUGGUAUAUUGAAAAUUUGAAUGAUGAACCCGUUGAAGUUAGUCUAAUGUUUACAUGGCAAGCUGGUUCAGCUUCUCAAGAAUUUUCAUGUCGAGAUAUAUCACAUGAAUCUAUUGAUGUUACUGAUGAUGAAAUUUCAGCUAGUGGUAUAUCAAUCAAACAAACAUUACGUGGUAUGAAACUUGAAUAUUGUAUUAUGGGAAAAAAAGAGUUAGAUAAUACAAUUACUACACGAACAAAUUUUAAUAUUCAUUCGAAUACAGAUGGAAAUGAUGUUUGGUUUGAUCUAGCUGAUGAUGGUCGAUUAACAGAACCGAAAACUGUUCGACCAACAACCAUUCAUACAGCUAGUUGUGUAUGUAUAUCAACUACAGUUGAACCAAAUUCUAUCAAGACAUCUGAAUUUGUUCUUGCUUGGCAUAUGCCUUUAAUUAAUUUUGGUCUUGGACAAAGACAAUAUCGAAGAUGGUAUACAAAAUUUUUUGAUGCGACUACACUUACUGGAUCAACUCUAUGCACUUAUACAAUGAAAAAUCGAAUACAAUGGGAAGAAGAUAUUGCAAAAUGGCAACAACCAAUUUUAGAUGAUGAAUCAUUACCAGAAUGGUAUAAAAGUGCUUUAUUUAAUGAAUCUUAUUUUAUUGCUGAUGGUGGAACUAUGUGGCUUGAUGUCAGUGAAGAUACUACAUUGCCUGAACAUGUUAGAAAAUGGGGUCGAUUUGGUUAUUUAGAAGGUCAUGAAUAUCGAAUGAUAAAUACAUAUGAUGUUCAUUUUUAUGCAUCAUUUGCUUUAAUUCAAUUAUGGCCUCAAUUAGAAUUGAGUAUUCAAUAUGAUUUUGCUAGUUCAAUAGUUUAUGAAAAACGUGAAACUCGUACUUAUUUAUUUCAUGGUCGAGCAGCUCAUUGGAAAACAUUACAUUCCGUUCCACAUGAUCUUGGUGAUCCUGAUGAAGAACCAUGGUUAUCAGUUAAUGCUUAUAAUGCUCAUGAUACAGCUGAUUGGAAAGAUUUAAGCUUAAAAUAUUUACUUCAAAUAUAUCGAGAUUAUGUUUAUACUCAAAAUAAACAAUUUCUUAUUGAUGUAUGGCCAACAGUAAAAAUGGUUACUGAUCGUGUUAAAAAACAAGAUACUGAUAGUGAUGGUCUUGUUGAUAAUGGUGGUUUUGCUGAUCAAACUUAUGAUGCAUGGACAGUAACUGGAGCAAGUGCAUAUUGUGGUAAUCUUCAUAUUGGUGCUCUUCGUGCUUGUGUUGAAAUGGCACAAAUAAUGAAUGAUAAAAAUGCUUUCGAUGAAUAUGAUGUAUGGCUUAAAUUAGCUAAAAAAUCAUAUUCAGAUAAAUUAUGGAAUGGACAAUAUUAUAAUUAUGAUUCAAGUUUAUCACAUCAUCAUGAUUGUAUUAUGUCGGAUCAAUUAGCUGGUUUUUGGUAUUUACGUUUAUCCGGUCAUAAAUAUGAUGAUUUUGAAAAAGAUCGUAUUAAUAGUGUACUUGAUACGAUAUUUAAUAUGAAUGUUAUGACAUUUGGUCAUGGAAAACUCGGUGCUGUUAAUGGAAUGACUAGUUCAGGACGAUUAGAAAUCGUUAGUAUGCAAUCAGAAGAAGUAUGGACUGGAGUUACAUAUGCUUUAUCAUCAACAAUGAUUAUGGAGAAUUUAAAAACUCAAGCAUUUAUUACAGCUGAAGGAAUUUAUAAUACAUGUUACAAUGUAGCUGGUUUGGCAUUUCAAACACCUGAAGCAUUGAUGCGUGAUGGUCAUUUUCGAUCUUGUGGAUAUAUGCGUGCGUUAUCUAUUUGGGCAAUUCAAAAAGCGCUUGAAUUAUCACGUUUAGAAUCAAAUAAUGACAGUAAUAAUGUAAAUGAUUAUUAA